UUGCGAUGACGUAUUUUUAAAGCGACAGUUGGAGGGCGGUUUGAAAACCCUGUCAGAGUUUGAGAACAUGAUUAUUAAAACAACCCAAAUAACCUGAAAAGAUUACGUCACAUGUGUUUUGUCAGUAAGAUACUUAAGUUUUCUAUUCAGUUCUUACUAAUGGCCGAGUGUUUUUUUGACUUCUUUACGAAACUAGAUACUAGAGGCUAGAUACGACGUAAUGUUAGCUAGCGCUAGCAUUGGCCGUCUGUUUGACUGCUGUUUCUAAAGACCUUUUCUUUAAGUUUUUGUUCGUACCGCUGGAAAUUGUAAUUGGUCUUAUUACGCCAUAGCUAAAUUGCACCGAAAAAUGGCGAGUGUACAUGAGAGUUUGUAUUUCAACCCUAUGAUGACGAACGGGGUGGUCCAUGCUAAUGUGUUUGGUAUCAAAGACUGGGUUACUCCGUACAAGAUCUCCGUCCUGGCUCUGCUCUAUGAGAUGACUGCAUCUAAAAUUACUCUGCCAGAAAGAAGACGACUUAACAAACUUAUUCUGCCCUUACAACAGGGUCCAGAUUUGACUCUUGGUCAGUUCCUAAAGACAGUGGAGGAGUGUUGUCCUCAGACUGCAUAUGCUGUCAAAUUAAGGCUGCAUGAAGUGGCCAACGGAGAGUUAAAAGACAUGGAAUACUUCUUUUCCACUCUGCUAAUUCCUUUUACUGCUUUUGAUACCGAGGCUUAUAAAACCAGUGUUGUGGGUCUUUUCAUGAGAUACAUGCUCCUGGCCUACAAGAAACUGUCAUUCAGUCAGGUGUACAAGCUGUACAAGUCCCUGCAGCACUACUAUCACAGUCACUACACCAAGCCCACUGAAGGCCAGGUGGGUUUACCAGCGCUAGCUGCUGAUGAUUCUGACAUGGACCUCACUAGCACUGAAGACACUGUAGGCGACAGAAUAGACAAAGAAGAGUUGGACACCCCACUGCACGAGUCAGAGCUUCGAAAUGACAAUGCACCAAGCAGUGGUCCCCUGUCGCAAAAGCAAGCAGAGUAUUUUCUUGCAAGACAGGCAUAUCUGUUGAAGAAUGAUGAAAACAAAGCUCUAAAGCCAGCAUCCCUGCAGGAAGAGCUCAACAACAUGCUGAAAUUUAACCCAGAUUUUGCUGAAGCGCAUUAUCUUAACUAUUUAAACAGCAUGAGAGUCCAGGACAUCUUCCUCUCCGCUCACAGUCUCUUACACUAUUUUGACCGCCUGAUCUUGUCUGGGAGUGAGGGAAAGAGCAACGGGGAUGAGGGUUAUGGACGAAGUCUACGCUACGCUGCACUUAACUUGGCCAGUCUUCAUUGUCGCUUCGGCCACUAUCAGCAGGCUGACCUGGCUCUACAGGAGGCCAUCCGUAUUGCUCAGGAGUCCAAUGACCAUGUGUGUUUGCAGCACUGCCUGAGUUGGCUCUACACACUGGAACAGAUGAAGGGAUCUGACAGCACUGUGUUAACUGAGGAUUCAGUAAAAAUGGCCGCCCAUUUCUGCCUGCCGUAUCUGGCAUCUCUGGGUAUUCAGUCUCUGGUCCAGCAGGGGGCAACACAAGGUAAGAGUGCCCACAAACUGAUGGAUGCACUGAAAGACACAGACAUCCUGCACUGGAAACACAGUCUGUCGGAAUUGAUCGAGAUCAGCUUGGCUCAGACUACGUCCAUAUGGAGGAUGUAUGGCAAGAGCACCAUGGCUCUGCAGCAGGCCCAGAUGCUUCUCAAUAUGAGCAGCCUGGAGCCUGUCAAUUUCGGGGUCCAACAGAAUAACACGGAGGCCUUUGCUGUGGCUCUCUGCCACCUGGCUGAGCUGCACGCUGAGCAGGGCCUGUACAGUGCAGUCUCAGAGAUUCUCCAGCAUCUAAAAGAACAGUUUCCUCCUCAUACUCAGCAUGCCAAGCUCUGGAUGCUGUGUGAUCUGAAAAUCCAGUUUGAGAGACAUAUGAAUGAGGGAAAAUGCCAUUUAGCAGAGCCUCUGGUCACAGCUAUCUCAGCCUUAAACAAAACAGAGGGUCUCUACAGGAAGGCUCAGGUUCUGAAGUCUCUCAACCGUAGCACCGAGGCAUAUGGCAUCUUACAGCGGCUGCAGGUUCACUGUGAGAAGACCAAAUGUACAGAGCUGGUCAUCAGAGUGAUGCUCUGCACGGCUGAGCUCCACUGGGAGUCGUCUGGCUUCUCCACAGCUCUUCCCCUUCUCCUGCAGGCCUUGGCUCUGGCUAGACAGCACCACCUACAGUCUCUGGCCUCAGAGACCAUCCUUCAUCUGGCCUUCACUCAGCUGAUGCUUGGCAUUCCUGAGCAGGCUCUGAGUGUCCUGCAUGAAGCCAUUGAGCCUGUUCUGGCCCAUGGAUCAGUCAUGGAUAAAGGCCGCUCCCUGCUGCUGGCCGCCCGCUGUCAGAUGGCGAUGGCUGGGUUCAGGCCGAACAGACGAGGGCAAGCAGAUAUGAAUUUGGCAGUUUUGUCUGUCGACACGCUCAACGAAGCCGCAGCGUACUUCUCAAAGCUGAACUGUAAGGAGCGACUGCGCGACGUUCACUACCUGCAGGCUCAGCUUCAUCGUUACCUAGGACACGCAUCUCAGUGUAACAAAAGUGCCAUGCUCUUCCGGCUGCUGGACCAAGAGCUGCAGUCACCAGCGCCUCCAGUCUUUUUGCGAGUCUAAGUUCUCAAGGUUUAUCAACAAACUAGAUGUUCUGGCUGUUGAAAGUAACAUGGUGCGUCCUGCAACUUGUGUCAGCACUGCUCACCACUAGGUGGUGGUGAAGUGCUAUCCUUAUCUGUGACAGCACAAAGGAAUUUCAUAUGUAAAUGUUUAGAAUCCUUCCACACGGUUCCAGGAUAAUAAUUAAUUGCUAGUCAUAAAUAUGCCUCAGUCUCCACGAGGUCAAGAAUGGAUGUGUUGUCUUUUCACUUCUGGUCAUGCAGUAGUUAAAAAAAACGUGGCUAUUGCUUCCUCCACAAGCAACAGCCUGUGUUAGUCCGAUAGACAUGCAUGACAGCCGAUGGCGUGGUAGAAAUGUUGAAAGUUUAUCGGGCGCUGUCACAAACACGCUGACUUAUCCACUGCUUUUUGAUAAAUGAGGGUAAUAUCACAGUUAGCUGCAAGAUGAAUGUGUUUCAUUGGCCUGGAUGAUUCAUAUUACGCCAGUAGAAUACCGAUGAAGCUGGAAUCCAGGAGAGGACAUUGUGAUCACAUUUCUAUUGUAAUAUACCCGUGCUGACCUUACAGCAGAUACUGGAUCUGUGUUUUACUUAGGUUUGACACAAGUUUUAAGAAGCAUAAUGGCUGACAAUCACCUUUUACGUUCUGACAGGCUCCCAUCUAUUAAAGUGUUUCUAGAAAAUAAA